GAGUGAUCCACCCAAGCUGUUCGAAUAAUACAGAGCUUUCCGAGAAACCACGGUCGCACAGCAAGUGUAAUUAUCUGUCCUUAUGCAUCAGUGAGAAAAACAGUGUUUCUCUAACGGCUUCUGUAUCCAGAACAGGAUAAAAAGUCGCUGCGUUUUACUAUCACACCAUACAGCUGAUCUGUGCAGAGACUGCAGAAUAAACUUGCUGUUACCACAAGCCUGACCAGCACCUAGACAGAAGACAUCACAUACAAAGCUGUUCAAAGCCAUGGAGAAGCCAGUAUGUCUGAUUUGCAACGAUUCUGAAGGACAGCUGUGUGUGGUGAAGGAAGCUAAAGAGAUACUUGAUGGGAUCACUCAGCCAGUUAUUGUAGUGUCUGUGGUGGGGCUCUACCGCACGGGGAAGUCUUACCUCAUGAACCGCCUAGCGGGAAAACAGACAGGCUUUGAUCUGGGCAGCACCAUAGAGUCAAAAACUAAAGGCAUCUGGAUGUGGUGCAUUCCACACCCCAUUAAAACAGGACACACUCUGGUGCUGCUGGACACUGAGGGACUCGGGGAUGUGCACAAGGGUGAUGAAAAACAUGACACAUGGAUCUUCUGCCUGGCUGUCCUGCUCAGUAGCACUCUGGUCUACAACAGCCUUGGGGUCAUAGACAACAAUGCACUUGAGAAGCUACACUAUGUGACAGAACUGACUGAGAACAUCCGGGUGAAAGCACAGAGAAGUGGUGACAAUGAUGACUCAGCAGAGUUCAUGCGAGUCUUCCCCUCCUUCAUCUGGACUGUGCGAGACUUCACGCUGGAGUUGAAGAAGAAUGACAAGGCCAUCACAGCUGAUGAAUAUCUGGAAGGUGCUUUGGAGCUUAAAACUGGUUCUUCCUCUCUUAUUGAGAAGUUCAACCUGCCCAGGCGCUGUUUGCGUGGCUUUUUCGCAAAACGGCGGUGUUUUGUAUUCCCACGGCCAGCCGGAGAUGAUGACCUGGCAAGAUUGGAGGAGCUGUCUGAGACGGACCUUGACAAACGGUUUCUGCAGCGUGCUAAGGAGUUCUGCAGCUAUGUUUUUGGAAGUGCCAAACCAAAAACCUUAACAGGGGGACGGAUGCUCAUCGGCAGUGCUCUGGGCAGUUUGGCGGAGGUGUAUGUGGAGGCAAUUCGUAGUGGCCAGGUUCCUUGUCUGGAGAAUGCAGUGGAGUCUUUGGCUAAGAUCCAGAAUGAGCGGGCAGUGGAACAGGGCCUGCAGGUCUACCAGAGUAAGGUUUAUGAGUCAGUGUGCUUUCCACUAGACCCAUCUGAGCUAUCAGACAUCCACAGAAAAGCAGAGACGGCGGCUAUUGACAUCUUCAUCAGUACUUCCUUCAAUGAUGCUGAGCAAAAAGCACAGCUGAGGCUCAUGGAAAAGAUCCAGAAUGUGUAUCAGGAGCUGUGUGGUCUGAAUAAUGAGGAAUGUUUGAAAGUUUGUAAGCUGGAGCUCACACGGGUGUUUACUCCUCUGGAGGAGGCUAUGAAUGACGGCUCAUUUAUGUGCCCUGGAGGAUACAGAGAGUACCACUAUCAACUCCAGAGCCUCUCAAAUGAAUACAGAGCAUGCACGCACAAACAAUUGAUGAGUGAGGAAGUGUUGAGUCGGUAUCUGAAGGAGAAGGAUCGGUUUGGGAAGAAUAUUCUUUUAGCUGAUCAGUGCCUCACUGAAGCAGAGCAAGAAAAGGAAGUGGAACGUUUACAAAAGGAGGUUCUAGAGCAGGAGAACAAAUCUUUAGAGCAGAUGUCGAAGAUUAAGGAGCAGGCAUUCCAGGACCAGCAGAGGACCUAUGAGCAGCACAUAACCCAGCUGAUGGAACGCAUGGAGAAAGAGAUGCAGAGAUCAAGGGAAGAUAACGAACGAGUGCUGGAGGCUAAACUUAGAGAACAGAAGGCUCUGCUGGAUGAAGGGUUUGAGGAAAGAGCGGAACUGAUGAAUAAAGAGAUUCAGAGUCUGAAAGGAGAGAUAAAGAAUGAGGACGAGUCUAAGAGGUCUACACUCAGUAAGGUAGUGGAUGGUGUGGGCACUGCAGCAACUCUGUUCCUGCCUGGCAUCAUCCCUAAACUUGCCGGUUUUGCCGCAUCAUUGUUUUCACGAUUUCUUUGAUCAUUUAUUUUGCUCAUCGCUCCAAUCUCUGCCUUAACUUUUAUAUAGAAGCAGUUGUACACUGUGGUGCACACAUUUCUGAUUAUUUGCUAUAAUUUUUUUUAAACUAGGCAGAUUUGAAGUGGAAAAAAAAAAGAAUCUGGAAACCCCAGGGUGGAAGGUCAGCAAAUCAGUGGAACAUAAGUUUCUAUCUGUCAAAUAGCAACAACUCAAAAGUGGUUAUUAGUAUUACAAUGGAAUUUAAAAUUUAUGUUUGUAAAUGAGGAUAUGGAUUGAGGCACUUAAGGUAAUAAGAAAAUUUGAUUACAGAGAUGCAUGAUGGUGUUUACUUUUUGUUUGUUUGGGGUUUUUUUGUUUGUCAGUAUUUUUAUUGUUUCAGUUGUACUUGGAAUUGUCUUGGAUUUAAUCCUUUUCAAUUUUGAACAGUUUUACAGCUGCUCCUCUAUCAAGUUAUUUAGUCUCUUCUAACAGUAAUUUGAUUAAAUUUAUGUUGAUGAAGCUUGAAAACGUUGCCAUAGAAAUUUUAAUAAUGAGUAACUUACAUUUUAUUAGACCACAAUCUGUAAAAUGUACUUUAGCAGUGUGAUAAUGCUAACAUUUAGGUUGAAUUAGUGAUUGCACAGUGUCAGACAUGGAUUUUUUUUCAAUACUUUGUUAAUUCUUUGCUUUUACAAUUCAAAACUUAUAUCCCAUGCCUUUACAUUACUAAAUUAUAAGCAUAAGUUUUUCUAAAUUAAUUUCUGAGGCACUUGUAGUGUGUCACACACUAUAAAUCACUUAAACACCACAGUCAGAACAAGGUGUAAUUUUAUGCAGUCUUAAUCAAAUCAAGGGCUCCAAAUCCAUCACAGCCAUCAUUUCUACUAGAUGGUUUAGUGGUACAAAUUGCUAGUUUUAUGAGAGGUCUUUGACUUCAAAUAGCCUUUUAUUCUACAUUAAGUGAGUACUUGACCCCAGUACUGGAAACCCCAUGAGCUGUUUUCGUGUUAUGGUAGAUUACAUGUUACAUUAUGCUAUCAGUACAUUACAUGAUAUAGUAUAUUAUCAGCAAUGUUAUGGGUGGGGAAAAUCGCACCCAAAAAUACUUGUUUGUUUGUAUGUUUUUUGUUUUUGUUUUUUUAGUUGCUGAGCACAUUUGCCACUAUUGUCAUGUUGUGCUUGUUUUACCCUUUUUGACUCCUAAUGCACUUAUUUAAAAAUAAAGUUCAGCUAUAUUUCUAAGA